AUGCGCACUGCUGGCAGCGAAGAGAUCGUCGAGACUUCUGUCUUGGAGCUUCUGCUACCCGACGUCCGCAUCGAGGCCCAGGCCAAGAACGAGCGUCGGAUAACUGCACUUCACCACGCUGUGCAUGAGGGGAAGCGCGAGGUCGUCGAGGUCCUUCUGGCACAAAGAGGUGCUGACCUCGACUUCAAGGACUUCAAAGGCGCAACACCACUGAACUUAGCCGCGUACCAUCCGAAGCCGGGAUUCUUUGAUAUUGCGCGGAAGCUGCUGGCAGAACCAGAAAACGGACCCCUGAGCCACAUGGGCGCAGGGCUGGACGGCGCUGCACUCGGCUUCGCACGAUAG